UGCGCUCAUAGAGCAUUGACGACCUGAGACGUUGAUCUUCCAUUUACCGUUUGGUGAGGUCACGAUCACAUUAGAAGACGUUGUGACACUGUUUGGUCUGGCGAUCGACGGUGAUGCCAUCGUAGUUGACAUACCGGAUGAGGAGUGGCCGGCGAUCUGUUUGGGACUGUUAGGACGGGUUCCAGACGAUCUUUCAGGCGGUAUUGUUAGAAUUGUUUGGCUGAGGGAUGAAUUCAGUUAUAUGCCGGGAAAUGCAUCCCAAGAGGUUACAGAGCAGUUUGCACGAGCUUAUGCUCUAUCUCUGAUGGGAGGUGUAUUGUUUCCGGGUCGAUCUGGAGCUAUGGUGCACCUACAGUACCUACUUCUGAUUGAGGAUUGGCAGAGAGCUGGACGGUUCGCCUGUGGAGCAGCUGUUUUACCCUACCUGUACCGUGAGAUGGGUAGGUCGGUUUUGCACAUUAUGCAUUCCACCACAUCUCUAAGAGGUGACCUUGGUGGAUGGCUCGCCCUACUGCAGCUCUGGGCGUGGGAGCGAUUCCCACAUCUGACACCGCGACAUUUAGAGACGAGGGUGCAGAUUGUCGAGGAUGCAUUCCUACGUGGACUUCGAUGGCUUCCGGCCAACACUCGUCAGUAUGGUGAUAAGCUAUUCCAGUACAAGUUGUGGUUUGACGAGAUGGAAACCAUGGUGUGGCAACCUUACGUUGAGAGAGCACAUCAUCUCAGAGGUAGUGUGAUACAGUCUGAGACGUUUCGAGCAGUAGUGCCACUGAUCUGCUUUUCAGCGGUGAUGUGGCAUCAUCCAGACCGCGUGCUCUGGCAUUUUGGCAUGAGGCAGACUGUGCCUCAUCCGCCACAUCCUAAGGUUGAGGUUAGGUUUUUCCUUCGCCAGGCUACUCGUGGGCCAUCGCGUGGGAAACAGUUGGUACACGCCUCCAGAGAGUCGCUUGCUUUUUGGAACCGUCGACAUGAGUUCGUAGCGAUGACUCCAUACAGUGAGGAGGUUUUAGCAUACCACUCGGAGGUAAUGGAGUGGUAUCGAGAUGUCACCAGACGUCCAACUGAAUUUUGUGACCACGGUUUCAUCAGCUCUUGGCACUUGAUGGAGUACUGUGAAGGACCACUUCUAAUUUGUGCUUCUGUCUCCAACCCCAUCUUAUCGAAUUUC